GUCACUCUCACACUCUCCGUCCACACUUUCUUUCCACAUCGCUCCUCCCGCGGUGGCUGAGAGCGGCACCAUCACACACAGAGCAGCUGCGGGCUACCUGUGCGCACUGCGGCCGGCCCCUUCUUCCUGUCAGGUUCCCAUUCAGAGGAAGACAGAAACUCAAACACGAGAGGACAUUCUUACAGGGACAGGGGAAAGAGAAGCUGCAACUUGGCUGCUUCCAAAUCAGGCGUUUUGAACUGAACUCGGAAGUUUCUCGGCUGAUCGGAGACGGAAUAAUUCGGAGCCCGGCUGCCCCACACAGCGCUGUUGUGGAUAUUUACGUCCACCUUGUGUAGAAGAAUGGCGAGAGAUUACCCAGCACGCUGCCCGGUCUCUCCGGUGAGAAACACUUUGCUGAUGGCGGCAUCGAUCCUCCUCGCAGUUCAAGGGAUCGGAGCUCAGAAAGUGCGUGUAGAAGAGGAGCUGAAGGCGUACCCCACAGAGUCUGUUGAUCUCCGAUGCGAGUUCAUCGAUGGAGGAGGCCGGACCAAACUCACACAGGUGUCUUGGAUCUGGGAACCCAUUGAUGGGCAGAGGGACAACAUUGCUGUGUACCACCCUAUCUAUGGACAGAGUUUCCCUAACCCUUCCUUCAAGGACCGGGUUGUCUUCCUCCACAACACCCUGGAGAACCCGUCCAUUAGGAUUUCUGAGCUUAAAAUGUCAGACACCGGCCGGUACACCUGCGAGUACGCCACCUACCCUUCUGGAAAUGAACAAGGGACAACCACCCUCAUCAUGCUUGCUAAGCCUAAGAACUCCGCCAAGGUUGUGACCGUUAAGGCCGGGACCAAGUCGGUUGUGGUGGCCACGUGCGAGGCAGCUGAUGGCAAACCGGCGGCCACCAUCAAGUGGGCGGGGAAGGUUGAAGGUAACCACACAACUAGCACCACCAACGGGCCGGACGGCACAGUGACGGUACGCAGUGAGUACCGUCUGGUUCCAACGCCAGCAGAUAACGGCGGGGAGGUGACCUGCAUGGUGGACCAGAGUACUCAGGAACGACAGUGGGCUCACACCAUCCAGCUCUCGGUUGAAUACCCCCCCUCUGUAUCCAUAGAAGGCUAUGACAACAACUGGUACAUCGGCCGCUCAGACGCCGUGCUGCUCUGCAUGGCCAACGGCAACCCUGAGCCCACCACCAUCACCUGGACCUCGGUGUCAGGGGCUAUGCCAGACACGGUGGUGGUGAGUGGCAACAAGUUGACGGUGAGGAAGGUGGACGACGCCGUCAAUACCACUUUCAUCUGCGAGGUCAAGAACAAGCACGGUGCCAGCAGUCACCAGAUCACCACCAUCGUCAUCGGUAUUGUUUUUUCCGAAGAAAGAAAAAGACACAUAGCAGACGGACUAAUUAUCCCUGAGGCAAGAGCAGAGAGUAAUCACCCCGGGCCCGUCGUCAGGUGCGGUUAUUGGCGGUAUCCUUGGCGCCCUGGCCUUCAUCGGCAUCAUCGUUGGCAUCAUCUUCUUCAUUCGCAAGCACCAGGAGGACGGAGAGGGCCCCCCCAAGCACAAGCCCCCUCCCCCUGUGAAGGCAGGGAGCUCGACAGAGAUGCUGAACAAGCCAUCAGAGCCUCCCACUGCCACAGAGACGUUCCCUCUCAGCCCAGAGGUUUACUACGAGACCACAGGGGGGGAGCCUGUCACGAACCUGGACGACGGCGGGGCCCUGAACGGUGGUGCCCCCCCAGUCUUGGGUGACAAUGCCAAAUAUGACAAGGUCAAUGAGCUCAAAGACCACGCCAAUGACGGUCUCCGUGGCAGUGACUUCGAUUCCUCCAAUCACGACCAACCGGCUGCCAACAUCUCUCGUGGCGAAAGCUUCGUAUCUCCCGCCAUGUAUGUGUAACCGUGGCAACCAUAGCACCUCAUCACGGGCAAAUGGGCAAGUUCCAGAUCACCUAAAUUUGCAUGAAAAGCAAAGGCGAGGACACUGGUUUCCACAUUUAAAAUAUCAUCUAAUAUUCAAAAACGGUACGUUGUAUCCUACAUGAUUUUAAUUGUUAAUUAUUUGCUGGGCACAUUUAGAGGGUGUUAUGGGUGUUUUGCGUCUCCCAUUUAAACAAGUUCUUAACUAUGUUUUCAUUUCUGGUGAAGCCAACUGACAAAUAGGAAUGUUAGAAAGGGGGAAAAAGAGGCUUUUCAAAUAUCUGGUUAUUAAAGUACAAAAUAUAAAAGUUUUCAAAGCUAUUUAGGCUGCAAACACAGUGUAGUUCAUGAUAUCUGACAAGCCAGGUAGCCAUUGAAAUCAUAUGUGCAUAGCAUGUAAUGAGGCGGUCUUUUACAAUAUGUUAAUUACAUGGUUGAGGGAUGUUGCAAUGUAGGUGAACUGGAACACUCCCCUCUGCUAAUUAACACACCUUUCUUUGCCUGUGUGAUGCUUGCCAAUCUGAAUUUCAGCCAGACAACAGCUUUCAAGGAGAUACAGUAUGAAAUAUUAUAUGCAAUAUUCCGUGCCAUGAACGUACAAUUUCCCCAUCGCAAAAAAAAUAUUUUUAAGUGAAGCUUUUACUUCUGGGCUUUUCUGUUUACAGCUGUGGAAAGUGAUUUAAACAUCUUUUCCUCUCGUGAUAGAGAUAAAACAUCAGGCUUGUACUACAGAGAAUAAAAUACAAUCUUUAGAUUGUUUUCAAGUACUCUUAAUCAACUGUUGAUUAGAUGGCAUUUCGUCCCAAUUACUUCUGGCUCUCCCAGCAGCUUCAAUUAAUAUCUCAAGAUGUUUGAAAGUAUUUCAGUUAUUUUUCAACUUUCACAAUAAUCAAGAAAAAAUAAACAUAAGCAUUUUCCAGUCUUGCCAAGGCUACAGUCCAGUGAAGAAACAUUCCACUUUAUUAUGUUGUCAAAGAGCCUCAGCUGUCCCCGGAGCGCAGGGCGGCUCGUUAGCACUAACGAAGAGGAAGUGACAUCGUUUUGAAGCUCGGUAACCUGGCAACAUUACAUAAUUAACAUUCCAUGAUUCAUAAUUGCAAGAGUAGUUAAGGCUGUUUGUCUUGAGGAGAUGAAAGACAGUUUACAGCUGACCACACGCACACCACAGGGUUUUUACGUAUACGCACACACACACACACAAACACACACACACACACACACAACAAUACCAAUGUAUUCAAUCCUCUAAUAAAUCCAACUAAUAAGGCUGAGAAAAAUGUUAAAGGAAUGUAAUUUGAGUGUGAAAAUGCUCGACAUGUAUUAGACAAAGUACUGCCAUUACAGCCAUUUUAUCAGAUUUAAAAUGGUCACACACUGAUAUAUGCAGAACAUUUCACUGAUGUAGAAAAUAUGCAUUCUGCAUUUUUUCCUCCAAAAAAGAGAAAAAGGUGAGCAACAGCUGUGCCUGGCUGAAUCAAAAAUUGGUCUUCAUAGAUGUCAGACGGUACCAAAUGAUGAACAAACUGUGUAAAUAAUAUUGAUACUAUUGAUGAAUAAUAUAUUGUUGGUGAAAUGUGUACACAUAAAAAAAAAUAAACAAGUGUAGGUGUUAUCAGUGCCUCUGUACAGGGGAAUGGAAGUUUGUUAAAUGUCAAAUUGAGCGAUUUAAAAAAACAAAGUGUAUAUUACUAUUUUACUUUUCACGGGUAUACAUUGAGGUUGUCACUUAAUACUAAAACGUUUUGAAUAUAUGAAAAAAAUACGAAAUGGUGUGGAUUUUACUCCUUGUUCAUAAUACUCUGCAUGGCAUGAUCGGUGGCUCGUUGAAACACUUUCCCAAGGCUGUUUGCAGAAUAUUCUCCAUUUGUAAAAACAUUUUGAAUGUCAAAAAAUGUGAAAAGCUGUUUUGUUUUUUUAAUACCUGUCCCAAUGUGUCUGUCACAUUUACGCACACCACAAGCACAAGUCCAAUAUAAGUUGAGAGAGGGGGAGCUUUUUUUCUUUUUGGUCUUGUCUUGGCAGGCUUCAUGAUUUUGUGUUUAGCUCUGUUCUGAAAACGCAGUCAGCAUGGAAUCAGAAUCUCACGUAGAGGUGCAAUCCUUCGUCUCUCGAGUCCUUGCAGAAGACCUUGAGACAAACAACUAAUGUAUCUUAUGUAACCUCAGGAUACAUUUGUGACAAGGUUAACCCAACAGUAAAAAUCACCCAAAAAUGCACAGUCAGGUGGUGGAUACACUGCAUUUGUAAUCAAGUAUGAAGGUUAACAGGGACAUAGGAACAGAUUAAUCGAAUGAUAUGAUCACAGGGAGGAAAUGUUGGAAGUGUGAAAAGAUUCCGAGAAGAAAAAGGAGAAGUUCCUUAUCACAGAUUUCCCAUUUUAAAGGUCGGCAAAAAAAUGCAAUAUUAAUUUUUUUCUGACGUAUGACAAUCAUUUGUUAAUAUCAAAACGUGGCUAGCUUUGAUGGAGAGGUCUUCCUUGUUUGUGUAUAUUUUUGUCAUUAUGGAAGUACCAUUUCAUGCUAAAUGCUAGCCUUAUGUUACAUGCUAACUGGAUAUUGUUUAAUUGGUUUAGUUGCAUUAUUUGGUCUACGACAGAUGCAGGAUAGGCAGGGACUUCUUUGAUAGCUAACAGUGAAAAAGUUACUUUUUUUUUUGGUAAAAGGGAAUUUCUGCAUGCUGCAUGGACCAAAGGAAGAUUUACUAUUCCCAGUUGAGUGAGACCAGUCGGAAGCUCAUGACACGUGCCUGGCUUUCUGACUCCUUAUGGUGCAGUGUCAGACAAUGACGUAUAUCCCUGUCAGAGAACAAAUCCUGUCACAAAGUGGAAUUAAAUGUGACGGCUUUGCUCAUUGGCCUGCAAAUUAAUUCCCUUAAAUGAUUGAAUAUUUAUUCUUUUGUGGAUUAAUGUGUUUAAUGUGUUUGCCAGCGGGCGACUGUUGAUAGAUUGAGCAUACGGAAAAAGACAAUCAUUGGGAACCAUUAAAACAGAGACCAAUGACUCAGCAAGCAUUCGCUAUUGAGUUUCGGCUCCUCCGUCUUGUGUGAGGCAUAGUUCGGUUUUACCCAGAGCCUUACGUUUGAUAGUGAUGCAUCAUUUGGAGAUAUCUUGAAUUAGAAUCUUGACUUCGGCAGGAAUGAAGUCAUGAAGCUGCCAACUAAACGGAAAUUACAAAGAAGCAUUAACUCCGAGUCAGUUUAAAGGCGGUAUUUGUUUAAGAUGGUGAUGUGGGAGAACUGCAGUAAUUUCAGAUGCAUUAGCAGUUAAAACAAGGCCCCGGGUCCGUCCCAUCUGUAACAGCUGCAGUGUUGCAUUCUGGCCAAGGUAUUUACUCCGUCUCCGCAUUUCGAUGCCAGAAACACAAGCUGUGAAUGUCCUCAAUGACGCUGUUCGGUCUGAAUUCGAUCCCGUCCCUCAUUUGCCCUCGUUAUUUUUUAUUCCCCCCCCCCCCCCUCUCCCUUCUCUCUCUUUCAUCCAUUGUCAUCACAGCUUUUCAUCACGGAGCCAGACGUGCCUUCUUUAUGUUAUUUUUAGCUUUUCAAUUCUCACACUUCUUGUCUGACAGUAGUACGGAUGAUGAAAGGGGGAAAACACACCAACACAUGAUGGGUUUGACAUCCAGGAUGACAAUGCUAAAAUAAAUCACACACACACACACACACUCUGGAGAUAUAAUCAUAUAUUUUUGGGUGUCGAUUUUCUUUCAUUUACUUUCAUUUUUUGUAUCUCAGAUCGAUUAUGAUUUUGUAUGCUUUUUGGGAAACCUAUUGUACCUGUUUACAGAUCAUUGUCUUGUCAAAUAAAAUGUAAACCGAAAUAA